UCCUGCAUUUCAAGUGAGGAAGUUUCGGACACUCGGGUUAUGCUGACGUCUCAUUCUGAGUUCUUGGGACAGCCUUCUCUCUUAACUUUGCGAGAACCUGGGGCCUCCGUCUGAGUCCACCUGAGAGUCCGUGCGCAAGGGACAGACAGGUCGCUCCACCCCGCCCAGGAUCCGGCGAAGGGGAACGGGCCGGGCUGCGGCUGCUAACUCGCGCCGGGUGCGUGUGUGCGAACUCCCGGAGCGGCGUCCCGCGCCCUGCCUCCGCCCUGCGCGGCGCGCGCUCCUCGCUCCCCGGGCCCGCGGCCUCCCCCGCAGCCCUUCCCCACUUUUCCCCCCUUUGGCAAUCACAUGGCAUUUUAAGAAUGCCGGAAAGAUGGCGGUAGCGGCGGCGGCGGCGGCGGCGGGGCCGAGCGGCGGGGGAGGCGGCCGGGCGCAGCGGAGCGGGCUGCUGGAAGUUUUGGUGCGGGAUCGCUGGCACAAAGUUCUGGUGAACUUGAGCGAGGACGCCCUGGUUCUGAGCUGCGAGGAGGGCGCCGCGGCGUACAACGGCAUCGGGACCGCCACCAAUGGCUCGUUCUGCAGGGGCGCCGGCGGCGCGCAGCCCCCGGACUCGCCCGCCGGGGUCCGCACCGCCUUCACCGACCUGCCCGAGCAGGUGCCCGAGUCCAUCUCCAACCAGAAGCGCGGCGUGAAGGUGCUGAAGCAGGAGCUGGGCGGGCUGGGCAUCAGCAUCAAGGGGGGCAAGGAGAACAAGAUGCCCAUCCUCAUCAGCAAGAUCUUCAAGGGGCUGGCGGCGGACCAGACCCAAGCCCUGUACGUGGGCGACGCCAUCCUGUCGGUGAACGGAGCCGAUCUGCGGGACGCCACCCACGACGAGGCGGUGCAGGCGCUGAAGCGCGCCGGCAAGGAGGUGCUGCUGGAAGUGAAAUACAUGCGAGAAGCCACACCCUAUGUGAAGAAAGGCUCCCCGGUAUCUGAGAUCGGCUGGGAAACACCUCCACCAGAAUCGCCUCGGUUAGGGGGCGGCUCCUCAGACCCUCUGUCCUCGCAGCCCUUCUCCUUCCACCGAGAUCGGAAAAGCAUCCCCCUCAAGAUGUGUUAUGUCACUCGGAGUAUGGCCUUGGCUGACCCUGAGAACAGGCAGCUUGAAAUUCACUCUCCAGAUGCUAAGCACACAGUGAUUCUAAGGAGCAAGGACUCAGCCACUGCCCAGGCCUGGUUCAGUGCCAUCCAUUCCAAUGUUAGUGACCUGCUGACCCAAGUGAUUGCUGAGGUCAGAGAGCAGCUGGGGAAAACAGGCAUUGCUGGGAGCCGAGAGAUCAGGCAUCUGGGCUGGCUUGCAGAUAAGGUGCCCGGGGAGAGUGAGAAACAGUGGAAGCCGGCCCUGGUCGUACUGACCGAGAAGGACCUUUUAAUCUAUGACAGCAUGCCACGGAGGAAGGAAGCCUGGUUCAGCCCAGUUCACACGUACCCUCUUCUUGCCACCAGGCUGGUCCAUUCAGGUCCGGCCAAAGGAUCGCCCCAGGCUGGUGUGGAUCUGUCCUUUGCUACUCGAACAGGCACCAGGCAGGGGAUCGAGACACAUGUCUUCAGGGCCGAGACCAGCAGGGACCUCUCCCAUUGGACGCGGAGCAUCGUACAGGGAUGUCACAACUCGGCAGAACUCGUCACCGAGGUCACCACAGCCUGCACCUACAAAAACCAGGCGUGCUGCCUGACCAUACAUUACGAGAAUGGAUUUUCUAUUACCACGGAACCACAGGAGGGUGCCUUUCCCAAGACCAUCUUACAGUCUCCCUAUGAGAAGCUGAAAAUGUCUUCAGAUGAUGGAAUCAGGAUGCUGUAUUUGGAUUUUGGAGGCAAAGAUGGAGAGAUCCAACUGGACCUUCACUCCUGCCCCAAGCCGAUCGUGUUCAUCAUUCACUCCUUCCUGUCAGCGAAGAUCACAAGACUGGGCUUGGUGGCCUGAGCAGGGGGAUGGCUUGCCUUGGACAGGAGGGCUGCUGUGGGACGUCAGAUCGGCUGCUCGGCGAGCGGGGAGAGGUAGCAUAGCAGGUCUGCCGCGGUCAGCUUUAGAUCCCCGAGUCCUCAGCUGCCCCAGACUUCUCCAUCAGCUUCACCAACUACAAGGGGGUGCCCCAAGAAAAUACCGCAAGGAAUAUCAGGAGAAAAAUUGCUUUUUAGAACGGUAGAAGGGUAAAGAGGUGAGGGCGAAUGGGAAUACAUAAGCAUAGCUUUGAAAUCACGACAAUCAAGUACAUGAACAUUAGAACAGCGUGUGCAGAUCUUAAUCAUACCAGUGUCUAGGCAACUGGUUCACCCAGGUAAGCAAGGGCUGACCAGAUGAGAAAUGGACACAUUGACCUCCCCCACCCCCGAUAACAAUGAUCCCUUGUUUUAGUGUGAUUGAUUGCCUACUUCUAAUUGAGUUGACUUUGCUGGUAAGGAAAGAGAAGUGCUUCAAAUUGGAAACCCACCUUUUACUUAAGUAUGAAGCAGCUGUAAUUUUUUUCUUAAUGAAUUAUCUUUCAGUGAUGUACAAGGAGUCUGAAGUAUUCUCAUUAGCAUAUGCCGAGCAGGAAUUAAAUAAAGCGUCAGAUACUGAUCUGAGCUCUGAGCUGGUGGAAUCUGAGCCAAAGUAGACUGUUUAUAGUGCAGAGCUUUGCAGAAGAGUCGUGUGCUUGAAAGAUGAUUCAUCUGGAGACUGUACUCACACCAAGGUGUGUUAUCUUAGAGCCAAGACGGAUAGCUUUACUUAUAGAAAGCAAAUUAUGGAUAUUUUUUUAAAAGAUUGUCAUUUGAGAUAUAUAUAAACAUACGUGUAUCUCCUAUAUAUAUAACAUACAUACAUAUAUAUAAAACAGCUCACAUGAGAUUAACUAAUUAUCCCCAUUUCGUGGUUUUCAGUGGAAAUACUGAGCAAUUUAUUGACCCUUGUGCCUGCCUGUGCUCGUAUGCAUGCAUUUUCGAACCAAUCAUAGAGCAGCGCAUAUAAUUCUGGACGAUGAUGGGCUUUACGCAUACACCCAGAGUGGUAAUCAAAUCUGUUGACAGCAUCCGCAGCUCUUAGGAAUUCCAGGGAAAUAAUAUAAUGACCUGAUAUUUUUCUACAAGAAUAUUUUCAGACAACAUAGAGCAUAUUUCUGAUUUAAUGCCUUUAUUUUUACCUUUCAAUACAAAUUCAGUAGAAAGACACCAGUAUCAUUUGAUUUUGGAGUCCCUUUCCUCAAACCUUAAAAAUUAGCUCUAGAGGUUCCAUAAGCAUUUGUAACCCUUCUUCCCCCUGUAAUGUACAUAAAGAAAUGUUCUGGAUUGGACCUAUGCGUUUUUGCAGAACUUUUAGCAAAUACCUAUGCAAAGAGCUUUUAAAAGUGAAACGGUCUUAAAGGAAUGUAAUUUUGCCCACCAGAUGUUUAUUGAGUUACAAAGCUGGUUUUAGAUUUGUGUUUCCCAAAGUGUCUGUCAUGUAACGCUAGUUCCAAAGGGCGUCAACAGACGUGUUUUGUUGGGGGAGAAUAAGAGGUUUGUAUGUUAAAGUGUGUUACACACCAAGGUAAGAAACGUUAAACAGAUUUCAUGAUUGUGGGCCCCCUCAAGGGCUUUAAUGUAUACACUGAGAUUCUUCAAGGGGGGACCCGUGUACUAUUCAAACAUUUCUAGAACUCCUUUCUGUCAGGGCAUCUUGUUGAAACUGGUGUUUAAAAAAAACAAAAUAAAACAAAACAAAACAAAACAAAA